AUGGGUCUCCGUAUGGACGACCUCCACGCUCCGACAGUGGCCUCAGGCCCAACAUCAACCCCCUCCAGCACCUUCGACCCCUCCACAGACAAACGCUCCCUCCUCGAACUCAUAGACCUCAAGACAAACAUGGAAGAAGAGCUCUCAGCACUCGGGAGCGUACUCGACAGCGUAACCCCUCCCUUCCUCCUUUUCCCCCCCGCCCCUAUCUUCUCCCUCCCCAUCUCCGCCCAAACCUCCACAACCUUCCCACCUCCAUCCACAACCCCCACUAACAGACCCCCCAAGCAUGGCGUCAAUCUCACCACCUCUCUCCUAGACGCCAACGACUUCCCCCGCUCCGACAUUGACGUCGCCCAAAUCCGCACCACACGCACACGCAUAAUCCGUCUUCGGAACGAUUACAAAGCCGUCAUGUCGCGGAUAGAAAAGGGCUUACAUGAACGGCACGCUGAAUACGCAUCUUCUCCCAACCCUACUACUCCUUCAACCACUACAGCAUCAUCACAUCAACAACGGCAGGUACGGCAAGCGCCUGUGCAGCAAAGAGAAGAUGGCCUAGUAGAGACGCCUUUCGCGAAAGUUAACUUGGUGGCGUCAGGGGGCCCAGCGGAGCAAGCGGGGUUGAAGGUGGGCGAUAGGGUGAGGAGGAUUGGGGACGUGAGUUGGUUGAAUCAUGAGAAGCUGGCGAAGGUGGCGGAGGUUGUGCAGAGGAAUCAGGGGAGGGAGGUGGAUGUUAGGGUGGUGAGAGAGGGUAGUGGGGAGGAGGUGGAGUUGAAGCUGAUACCGAGAAGUGGGUGGGGAGGACGGGGGCUGUUGGGCUGCCAUUUGUUGCCUUUGUAA